GCUAUAUGCUAGCUAUCGAUCGUUCCCCUACCGUUAAUGCCCCCUCCAUAUUCCAGCUGAGCAGGACAUGGUGACCUGUUGUUACGACAUUGCAGAUACCCGUUUUGUGACGGGCCCUAAGCGCGGUGGACGACGACGGCUAAGACUGAAUUUGCCUGACCUGGUAAUACUUGUCUGGCAUUACAUGAAUGUUUUAAGCAAAGUUCGGUGAGUCGUGCUUGUGGACAGGUGUCGGUCUUCCGCGUGUUCCUUAACUCUUAUAUCCAUCCCCAUCCAUUCCCACCAUCUAUCUCAUCCUUCCCUACCCCUCCCCUGUGUGACUGUCUGGCUACGAGCCCUGCAUGACCGCCCUGUGACCAACCCGCCUGCCUAUUCGUAGGUACGUGGGUAGGUUGGUUGAAUGUUGAAGCGUAACUUGUCUAGCGCAAACGUCGGCUCCACCACCUCUGUGGGGCACACCCUUCGACGGCGCCAUCGACCUGGAUUGCUCGAUGUUUGUUGAUGGUUUUGCUGCUUAUCCCCAUCUUCCAACCAACCGUUGGUUUGCAACGUGUUUGAAGCUCGGCUAGCGAUUUGAACUGAAUUGGCUCUGGGCUCUGACAUUUCGGUAGUCGGAAACUCCAAGCCUUGUAUGAAAUAAUGUCGUGUCGAUAUGCCGUUAUCAGCAUCGGAUGAUGGAUGUUGUCUGCCAGAUGGUACUUGUUGCAGAGCGCCCCCGUCCAUAAGCGAGGGUAUUGCCGUUAUCUUUUGGUCCGAGUUGGGCCAAUCUUUCUGUCGCAACGUCGUCGCCGUUUAUUGUUCAGAUGUUAAACCUUGUGCCUGCACGCGAAUGGUAGAAGCGUUCAAGGAACUAGGAGAAGCUUGUAUCAUACAUCUCGUGCAAAGGUCUGUCAGUAGCGUAGCAUCUACAGUGAUGUGAAACAAUCAAUAGCAGGCUGGACUGGCCCCUUGGUUGUGGUCCUGCCAUGUUCUGCAGAUUGCUCGAUCAUCACGGUGCAGUGAAUUCAACCUCGGUGGGGUGUGGCCUGACACAUGAGAAGUGUGGCUGAUGGGCGCCAGGUGUGGCUCAAAUCCACUUUACACGACCGCCCCACGGGCUAGGCACCACCCUCCCACUCCCCUGUAUCCCCCCCCCCAAGGCCAACCAUCCUGACGCCGGCGCUGUUAAUGCGUUUAUCGAUAACUAAAAAUUUCUUUACAUCCGACCGCGUCGCGUCCCGCCCUUUGUCUUGACUCUCUCUUCCUUCCCUCCCCUCCCCUCUAUCAAACGAGAGUUGAACGCCACAGACGAUCUCUCCCCCUCCGUUGAACGUAUACCAAGACCGACUCCUCAGAAACCUUUUGUUGUUUACCAACCAGCCAUCAUGCGUUACGUUCUCGUCUCAGGCGGUGUCAUCUCGGGAGUGGGCAAGGGCAUCAUCGCCUCUUCCACGGGUCUGCUCCUCAAGACCCUGGGAUUGCGUGUAACUAGCAUCAAGAUCGACCCGUACCUGUCGGUCGAUGCUGGUCUCAUGGCCCCCGCCGAACACGGCGAAUGCUUUGUGUUGCAAGAUGGCAUGGAGGUAGAUCUUGACCUGGGCAACUACGAGCGCUACCUCGCCAUUCGCCUGACGGGCGAGCACAACAUCACCACCGGCAAGGUGUACAGGCACGUCAUCGACAAGGAGCGCCGCGGCGACUACCUCGGAAAGACGGUGCAGGUCGUCCCCCACGUCACCGAUGCCAUCCAGGACUGGAUCGAGCGCGUGGCCAAGAUUCCCACAGAUGACUCCGGCGAAGAGCCUGACGUCUGCAUUAUCGAGCUUGGAGGCACUGUUGGUGAUAUUGAGAGCAUGCCCUACGUCGAGGCAUUGACCCAAUUGCGCCACAGAGCAGGAAGCGGCAACUUCAUUCAGAUCCACGUCUCCUACGUCCCAACCAUCCAUGGCGAGCAGAAGACGAAGCCCACACAGCAUGCCGUGAAGACGGUCCGCAGUUACGGUCUUGUCCCUGAUAUGAUCGCCUGCCGUUGCGAGCAGCCUCUCGAGGAGGCCACGGUCAAGAAGAUUGCCCUCCUCUGCCAGGUCGACGUGCCCCAGGUCCUCGUCGUUCGUGACAUGCCCACCAUCUACCAGGUUCCCCUCCUUUUGGAGGAGCAGAACCUCAUCCCCUUCUUGCGCAAGGCCGUCAAUCUCGACGCCCUGCACAUCCCCCAGUCCCGCAUUGCCGAGGGCGAGGCGCUCUGGAAGACGUGGGCGUCAGUCGUCAGCCGCCCGUCCGACGGUGAGAUCAACAUCGCCCUCGUCGGCAAGUACGUCAAGUCGCAGGACGCCUACCUGUCCGUCGUCAAGGCUUUGGAGCACUCGGCCAUGCACCUGCGCAAGAAGCUCAACAUCUGCUGGGUGGAUGCCGAGCACCUCGAGCCCCAGGCCAAGUCCCAGGACCAGGCCCAGUACCACAAGGCGUGGCACGAUGUGUGCACCGCCUCGGGUAUCAUCGUCCCCGGUGGUUUCGGCACCAGAGGUACCGAGGGCAUGAUGAAGGUCUCCAAAUGGGCGCGCGAGAACGGCACCCCCUUCCUCGGUGUCUGCCUCGGUUUCCAAACCGCCAUCAUCCAGUACGCCCGUGACUUCCUCAACAUCGUCAACGCCACCUCGGAGGAGUUCGACGCCUCGGCCGAGAACAAGGUUGUCAUCUACAUGCCCGAGAUCAGCCGUGACAAGCUUGGCGGUACCAUGCGGCUGGGUCUGCGCCCGACCGAGUUCCAGCCCGGCAGCGAGUGGUCCAAACUGCGCUCGCUGUACGGUGAGGCCGAUUCCGUCGAGGAAAGACACCGCCACCGUUACGAGGCCAACCCGGCCUACGUCGAGAAGCUGACCGAGGCUGGCCUCAACUUUGUCGGCAAGGACGAGACCGGUGAGCGCAUGGAGAUCUUUGAGAUCAAGGACCACCCGUACUUUGUCGGUACUCAGUUCCACGCCGAGUACCAGUCCAAGGUCCUCAACCCGAGCAGACCCUACCUCGGCUUCAUUGCCGCCAGCGCUGGAUGCCUCGACCAGGUCAUCAAGGAGCAGCUCGCGGCCGCCAAGUUGGCCAACGGCACCAACCACGUCGUCUAAGACGUACUGCUCUCUCACUCACUUCCCUCUCUUCGUUUUUUGUCCUUUUGCGGUACUUCUGGAAGAUGGAUUUACACGACGAAAAGAAGACAGGUUUUUAUAAAGUAGAACAUGGGCUGGUACGGGAAUCAGUAAUCCGGAAAUUUGUGUUGAAGGGGGGAGGCGGGUUUCCUCAUUCACACACACAUUAGACUCUUUUUCUGACCUUGGGCUAUCCAGAAAUGAAGCAAGAAAAAACAACUGAUGAUCUAUGCGCGUCUUUCGACAUGGGAGAGAGGAGGCGGGGGGUUACAUUAGACUGGGGACCAGGAACGGCGUUCUCUCGGCGCGGCGGGGAAAUUUUCUUUUUGUGGAGUUGAUAUCACAUUAUAGGAUUAUCUUUUAUUCACAAAAUACCA